AUGGCCAAAGCAAUUCAAGAUUGUAUAGUCUUAUUUGGGGAUAGUCUCACGGAAAGACAGGAUGUUCCUCAAGCUUUAUUCGAGAGAAUGAAUAAUGCAUAUGGCAGGAAGCUCGACGUACUCAACCGUGGCUUUGGUGGUUAUACUUCUACUUUGGUUCUACCUCUAUUUGAGCAUCUAUUCACUCAAAAACCAGAGAUUAGCCCACAGAUCAGACUUAUCACAAUGUGGUUUGGAACAAACGAUGGUGUGAAUUUCCCAAAUCCUCGAGCCACGACCCCUCUUCAAUUUAAGAAAAACCACGAAUUGAUGCUUGAGAAUCUCACUUCACCUAGAUCAUCUUAUGCAGUCUCAGAUGCCCCAGUCCAUAUUCUAUUGAUUACUCCACCACCACCUUAUCUUCCGCAAGUUCCUCUUCCCGCGCAAUGGGUUAGGUCGACUGAAAGAUGUUUGGAAUUCACAGACGUCAUCAGAGAUUUGGGGAAAGAAUGGAAACGUAAAGAGGAGAGUAUCGAGAAUAAAUCAGGUUGGAAAAUCGAAGUUUUAGAUCUAUGGAAAGCUAUGGAAGAUAGAGCUGGUGGAAUAGGUGAUGGAUUAGCACCAUUUUUCCAUGAUGGAUGUCACAUGACUACGGAAGGGUAUGGUGUUUUAUGGGAUGAAUAUCAAAAGAUCGUUAAAGGUGCUUGGAAAGGAGAUGGCUUGGACUGGGAGGACGAAGAUGAUUUGCCCCUAAGAGUUCCUUCGGUCAGAGAAGUGAAUGUAGUGAGACCGGAAAAUGUUGUAGAAAAAAUGGGAGUACCAAAGUGGAAGCGAUAA